CUUCUUAAAAAAAAAGAGGGAAAUGGCAAUAAAACAGCUGGUUUAGCACAGGUAAAAUCCGAGGGUGAAAAAUGUGCUGCUAUAAUAGUAAAUAUAAAGAAGAGACGUGUAAUUAUUAAAGCAAAAAAAAAAAGAUACACAAAUUGUAAUAGUAAUUAUUUUUCCUAUUACAUGGUGGUGAGAGAAAACAAUAGACAGACAAAACAAACAAAUGAUAUAAACAAAACAAUAGAUUGUUUAAUGUCUACGUGCGGUUGGAGUCAUCAACCCCAUUUCCUUAGUAAAAUUUAUUUUCUCUAAUACAUUUGGCUUUUUAACUAACAAAACCAAAAUGUCGUGUUCCAUUUAUGAUUGUGUGGAAAAGGGACCAGCCAUUGAGGUGUUCGCCUUGAACCGUGCCUUCCAGGAGGAUACUAAUGCCAAAAAAGCCAACUUGGGUGUGGGUGCUUAUCGUACUAGCGAAGGCAAACCCUGGGUAUUGCCGGUGGUACGUAAAACAGAGAUUCAAAUUGCCAGCGAUGAUACGAUAAACCAUGAAUAUUUACCAGUUUUAGGUACUGAAGCGUUUACAAAAGCAGCAACCACUUUGUUACUAGGUGAAGAUUCUCCCGCCUUGAGUGAAAAUAGAGCUUUUGGUGUACAAACCCUGUCUGGUACAGGUGCCUUGCGUGUUGGUGCUGAAUUUUUGCGCCGUCAAAUGAACCGCAAAGUUUUCUAUUAUUCCGAUCCUACUUGGGAGAAUCAUCAUAAGGUGUUUAUGGAUGCUGGAUUUGAACAGCCCAAUACUUACCACUACUGGGACCAAAGUAAACGUGUUUUGGAUAUUGAAGGUCUUUUGGCUGAUUUAGAAAAGGCUCCCGAAGGUGCUGUUAUUAUUUUACAUGCUUGCGCCCAUAAUCCCACCGGCUGUGAUCCUACUCACGAACAAUGGGUUCAAAUAGCCGAUUUGAUGGAACGCAAAAAAUUGUUCCCCUUCUUUGAUUCAGCUUAUCAAGGUUUUGCUAGCGGUGAUCCCGAUUAUGAUGCCUGGGCUGUGAGAUAUUUUGUUAAACGUGGUUUUGAACUAUUCUGUGCCCAAUCGUUUGCUAAGAAUUUCGGUCUGUAUUGUGAACGUGUUGGUAAUUUAAGUGUAGUAUCAAAUACUCCUGCUGUUAAGGAAGCAGUACAAUCUCAGUUCACUUUAUUGGUUCGUGGCAUGUACUCAAAUCCCCCUGCCUAUGGUAGUCGUAUUGUAUCGACUGUUUUGAAUAAUGCUGAUUUGAGAAAGGAAUGGAUGGAUUGUAUUAAAAUUAUGUCCAGUCGUAUCAUCAAAAUGCGUCAAGCAUUAAGACAACGUCUAGAAGAACUGAAAACACCCGGCACAUGGGAACACAUUACACAACAAAUUGGCAUGUUCUCAUAUACUGGCUUAAAUGAAAAACAAGUGCGCAUCUUGAUUGAUGAAUAUCAUAUUUAUCUAUUGAAGACCGGACGUAUUAAUAUGUGUGGUCUAAAUGAGAAUAAUGUUAAUUAUGUGGCUGAAGCCAUAAAUGCUGCUGUAACACGUAUCGGAAGUCAACUUUAAGUUUAAGAAAGAGAGAGAGAGAGAGAAAAGAAAUUUAAGAAAUCUUUUGUUAGAUUUAAUUUAAAAGCACAAAAUUUAAACGAAACUGCACGCUAAGUAUAGAAAACGGUUUCAUUUAGUUUUUUUGUUAUAUAAUCUUAUAAAGACAAAAUUUAUAUUAACUAAUUUAUUAGCUAUAUAGACUAUAUGGAAACUAAACAAUACUAAUACCUAAUAUAAAAUAAAAGUUUAAAACCAAACCCCACUGAGACUCAGCAAAAGAACUUUGAAAUUAAACAGAAUGUACCAAAUUAAACAAAAAUUCUUAAGAAACUAAGGAAUUUAUUACAACAAAGCAAUUUAAUAAAUUUAACAAAAAUAAAAAGCCAAAACUAUUUAAUACAACCAAAACCAAAAUAAAAACUAUAUUUUGUAUUAUUCAAAGCAUUUCUAUUUAAACCAAAACCACAACAGCAAAAAAAA